UAGUACGUCGUUAUAAUAGUGCCGAAUCAAAACGCGUCGACUCGUUCUCGGUGUAGGUAAAUUUUUAAGACGGACAGAAAACCUUACGAGUCAGUUUUUCGAAAAAAUUAUACUACCGAAAUAUGGAGCCACCGCGAAAAUAAAACACGUGAUUUUGCCGGACGCGCGAUUUAUAAAAAUAUUAUACAUACGACAAGUGCGACGAUAUCGAUAAUAUUAUUAUAAUAUAGUCCUUUGAGGGAAAAAAAUCGCUGAUGAUUUGAUAGUUGCCAAAUACUUCGUUAUUGUUGUUAUACCUUUAUCGUUGAACACACUGUAUUAUAUUUACCUACGACGAUGGCGAAAAGGAACGUUAUAUAUAUAUCGGCGGCGGAGGUGGCGGGCUGGCACAACGUAACGGUUGUUGAGCCAGCUGUGCGAUUCGCCGCGGUGACGGCGACACGGGAGUGGUGGUGGAGCUUUUUGCCGCCGCCGCUGCUGCUCCCCUCGGAUUUCCAGUAAAUUGGCCGCAGCCGUCCGCGUUCGCGCGCUUGCCCCCUGUGUAUCGCAUUCGUUUCGCGCGCGUUCUGUCGCUCGCUCGUUCGUUCGUCCUUAAUAUUUGAAAUUAUCAUUGUAUAUCGUCUCGCGUCACAUUCACCCCCGGCACUAUAAACACCGCCGCCACUGACCGGCAGCAGAAGACCGCGACUACGACUACUUUACUCGCACCACUGUCGUCGUCUCCAAGUCUCCGGGCAAGAGGAAAAUAAUAAUGCCGAGCCAACAACAAGAACGCAUCAGGCUGUCCUCGAUGGGCGGGGAAUCGACUUGCAGCAACAGUAGCAGCGGAGGUAGUGGCAGCGGCAGUACGACAAUGAAAAUUCGGAGACGAGUGGUCAUGAUGGGUGCAGCUAGGGUUGGAAAAACGUCCAUCAUUAAGCAGUUCCUGUAUGAUCAAUUCCCUGACCGGUACAAGGAGACUAUCGAGGAAUUACACAGAGGAGAAUAUGAAUUACCUGAUGGAGCACGGUUGACAUUAGAUAUUUUGGACACAUCAGGAGCUUAUCAGUUUCCAGCUAUGCGAGAGUUAUCUAUAUCAACUGCUGAUGCAUUUCUUUUAGUCUUUUGUGUGGACAGAGAAGACACCUGGGAUCAAAUUAAACACUUUAAAGAACAAAUAAUUGAAAGGAGAGGACCAAAAAUUCCAAUAGUCAUCGUUGGUAACAAGUGUGAACUGCCUAAUCGAUUUUUACCAAUGGAAAUCACCGAAGCGAUAUCUAAAUACGAUUGGGAAUGUGGCUAUAUGGAAUGCUCAGCCAAAGAAAAUAGAAACAUAGUACAGGUGUUCAAGGAACUCCUAGCUCAGGCAAAGGUUCAGUAUAAUUUGAGUCCAGCUGUAAGGCGCAGACGUAUGUCCCUGCCAAAUUACGUGGAUAACCGUUCAGGAUCGACCAAAGGACGUUACAUGCUCAAAAGAAAUUCCUGCACAGUGGCCUAAUACAGAAGACCUAUGAUAAUAUUAAAUUAAAAAAUAAUAAUAAUAAUCUUAUUUUGAUUAUUUUAGACGCUUAUAUGAACAAGAAUUAAUAAGUAAAAUAAUUUAUUUUGUUCUUGUAAAUGAUUUGCAUGAUAUCAAAUGAACACUCAAGAUCUAAAUAAUGUUUUGAGGCGUAAAAUCAGCUUUAAGAAAUUCUAGCUUUACAAUAUAACUGAUUUUUAUACAAUGGUUACAUGAUUGGUUAUAAUAGUUAUUAAUACCUACUAUUUUAAGACACACAAUUUUAAUAAAUUGAAAUAUAUUAUAUUCAGACAACUUAAAAAUAAUAUAUAAUAUAUACUUUUUUUUUUUUUUUGCUUAAAAUGAACAACGCUAAAUUUUAACAGUGUAUAAUAUAUUUAUUAUUAAUUAAUAUAACUAUUAAAAUAAAAUAAAACGAAGUUUAUAAUAUUAUGAAACAAGUCAGCACAAUGCCAAUCUAUACCAAGAAACAGUAUUAGUAAACGCAUACAAUCAAUGCAUUUCAUAGGGAAGAAAUUUGAAAUAGAUACAUUAUGAGACCGUGUUUAAAUCCUGAAAACUUUUACAAUACAUGUGUAAAGUAUUUCAAAUAAAUAACGUAAAACAGAGUGAACAAUAAUUAUAAUAUAAAAUCGUAUAGGAAAUCGUAUUAAGUAUUAAACUAUUAACCAAUACUACACAUAAUAUCGUUAAGACAUACUACCUAUAUGUAUAAAUAUUCAAAAACUAAAUAAUUGAUCUAAUUACUUUUUAAUAUUUAUAUAUUGAAAUCUGUGUUGUCAGGCGAUUAUUUGUGGAUUAUUAUUACUGUCAGAUAUCGCUAUAUUUACAAUGUUCGACCAAUUGUGAUAUGAAUACCUACUUAAAAAUUCAUUUUUUUUUUCGUUUAGUUUUUAAUCGUGUCUUAUGAAUUUAUUGUAUGUGCAAUGUUUCUUUAGAUAUUAUUUAUUUUUCAACCUGAUUAUGAUAGCUAUAAAUAUUUAUGAUAUAAUAUAAUAUAUAAUUAUAUAUAAAUAAUUAGAUAAUAAUUUUCUUAUUGAAACUAAAGUCUAAUAAUUAAUAAAUAUUCAUAUAAUAAUAUAACAAAAUAAAUUAGAUGGUUAUAAAAUAAAUUUUAUUUAACUUCAAUGUUAGAUGAAUUCAUAUUAUUGUCAUUGCUAUUAAUUAAUAAUAACAUUUUUAAACUUAACUAGUUGCCUAUACAUGCAUAGCUAGACGCCUAAUCGAUAGUCAACCAUUACUAUUUAUCAGUAGGACUGGAGUUCAUGUGAAUUGGUAAAUUAUUUUUACGUCUAUUUAUCAAUUUGGCCCAAAAUGACUUGAUUACUUGUAUGGUACUUAAGAUCUUAAAAUAUUCUCUUGUGCAUUUUAAAUAAGCUAUAAAAAAAAUUUUAAAUUAUCAUUUAAAAUAAACAAAAUUACGAAAAAAAUUAAUAUAUUUUGAUAAGGAACAAAAUGUAUUACUUUGUCAUCUACAUCGUAGUACCUAUACACAUUAAGGAUAUGUUACUCGAUAAGUAAUCUCUUGAGUUCUGACUAAUUAUGACAAACAAUGGAAGUUUAUUUCCACAUACAUUGCGUGCAAUUUAUUAAUGUGGCUCAAACGUAUGGUGUUAACAGUUGUUUUAUCAUUUCGACUAGGAUACGACACGCAAUAGUACAAUUAUUAUUAUGUUUAAUCUUUGUACCGAACAUUUUCUGAGUGUAUUUUUAUUUGUCCAACUAAUCCAAACUUAUUUGACAUUAAUAAUAUUACUAUACUCGGUAGGUACUAGGUACUGAGAAAUUGAAAAUUAUGAUCUUAAUUAUUUUAAUAAACAACCUACUCAAAGUACGUAUAUGCUUAAAAUUUACAUUCGCUAAAGAAUAUUUUGAAAAUAAUUGGUAAUUAAAUGUAAUUUCGUCAUAUAUUUUAUCAUAUUUGUAUUGCUUAUCUAUUAACACAUUUUUAUAAAAUUAAAUAGGUUCUUGGUACUUACAUACUUAAUUAUUUUAUUUUGAAUAUAGAUCAUAGCCUAUACGUACCAAUAAUAAUAUUAAUAAUUAUUUAAAAUAUUCCUCGUUAGACGUUAACACUAUUAUAUGGUUAAGUUAGUUAAACAUUAUAAACUUAAAUAUUUAAAAUUUAAAUACACGUUCGACCAAAAUUAUUAUUUUUAAAGUCCUAUUAAAAAUCCAAAAUACAUUUUUUAUUUAAUAUAAUAAGUUGAUACAUUUAUAAACUUUAUAGAAUGAAUAUAAUUUUUAUGUGUAGGUUUAUUUAUAUUACAUAUAUAUUAUAUAUGUAUACCAAUGCGUGUAGAUUUCAAAUUGUAGGUAUGAAAUAAUAACUAAUAAGUACCUAAUAAUGAUAUUUUAGGUACAAAAUUAAGUAUAAUAUAUGUUAAGUUUCAUUAUGUAUUAAUUUGUUUGAUACCUGUUAUAAUUUUAAUUAAAUUUAUAUUAAUUAUAUAAAUAAAAUGUACUCUUUUUAUAGUUACAUAUUUUAAAUAUAUUUAUACAUUUUCCAACUUAAAUUUUAUGUGUCUCCAUCAGACAAUAUUUUAUAUGAAUAAUUUAGAACAUUUGUUCUAACUGAUAAAGUUCUCAUAAAAGUUUUAUACACAUACCUAUUAUAUGACCAUAUUAUAUAUUGUAUACUGUUUAAGUCGUUUAAGAUAAGAGUAUUAUUAUUAUAUUUUAAGAGUAUAUAUUAUAUUAAUAAAUAAGAAUAUUUUGAUAUCAUGCGUGAAUUGUUUGAACAUUUAAAUGUUAACUACCUAUAAUAACAAUGUCACACAAUGUAUUAUUGAGAUUUAAUUACAUUUUUUACGAUUGAAUUAAGACUAUAUAUUAGAAAAAAAUUGUAUUUUAUUAAGAAAAUUAUAUGAACUCAGAAUAGUUACAAUGACUAUUAUCAAUAGUCAUACCAACUUUUUACCCGUUAUCUGAACAAUUAAAUAUCAAAAAAAUUUUACAAAUAAAUAACAAAUAUUAUAUUAAUCAUCAUAAUUCAUAAUCAUACAUUUUGUUAUAAUUAAACAUUUUAUACGGAUAAAAUUCUACUGGUGAAAAGAAAAAGGGUUUCAUUUUGAUAUGGUGUAUAUUAUUAUGGGUUGACUGACUUGGUCAACAUGUCAAUCGUUAAAGUUUUUUUAACUACAAGUGUUAGAGUUCCUCUGGCCAUUUAAUAAUUAAAUAUUUUAAUUUUCAGUACAAUAAUGAUAUAUUUUACUUACUAAUAGAAAUUGUUAAAUUUAAAAAAUAGUAAAACUACCCUUUUUGCUUUUUACCAAUCAAAUGAUCAUAUAAUAUAGUAUAAUAUACCUAUAAGUAAUAAGUUCUAACAAUAUUACUUAAAAUGUCUGUAUACCUAAUAUUAUAUUAUUAUUAUAUUCAAUGGUCUAUUAUAAAUUAAUGAUAUUUUAUAAAUCUACCAUGUUGAAAACAAAUUUUUAUUACGAUAAUUUGUUUUCAGUAUUUUUAAAGGCCUAUAAUUUUUAUAGUAUUGAUUUACCAUCUUCAACCUACCUAUAUAUAGUAUUUAGUUUUAGUUUACCAAUAUAAAAUAUAAUAUUAUUGUUACCAACCAAAAUAUUGUAAA